GGCUCUCCGCGUCUGGAGCGACACGUCUACGGCUGCCCAGUUGGACUUUUCGCUGUGAAUUGGCCGGCAGCCGAGCCGCUGAUUGAUGGCAGCCGGCCCCUGAGCCUCGGGAAAAGGGGGCUGAGCUUCCACUGACCCACCUCCUGGACUUUAACCUCCUCCCUCCAUCAAUCUCAGGGUCUUUCCUACCCCCUUCCCUCCUAUUGCCCCGUUAUUCUUGGACGCCAGCCGUCCUCUCGCUCCCUCCUCCGGUGCUGAUGGCUCUCCAGCGCCUAGCUUUCGUCCUCUUGGCUCUCCAGCGCCCAGUGAUCGGUUUCGACUACGGAGACAACCUCUACGAGUAUUUCCCGGACCAGGAGGACCCGGCAGAAGUGGACUAUAAAGAUCCCUGCAAAGCCGCUGCCUUUCUUGGGGAUAUUGCACUGGAUGAAGAUGAUCUGAAAUCUUUCAAGAUCGACAGGAUCGUAGAUUUAAACAAUCAUAAAAUCCAAACGUUUGGGCAUUCCUCAGCUAAAGAAACUGGACUGCACUGGAAUGGAACAAACUUCCCAAAAAGUGGACGAUCUGUCUCUUCAGGAGGCCACCUCUGGAGAGGUAAUCGAGCCCGGAAAGGCAACAGGAAAGGUCUUCGGCGGAGGGUCAGAAAGUCCCGGAAGAACGAAACUCGGAGUCGAGUACGACGAGCCUCCACUUCCCGGCCUGAGCGCGUCUGGCCUGAAGGGGUGAUUCCUUAUGUGAUUGGUGGGAACUUUACUGGGAGUCAGCGAGCUAUCUUCAGGCAGGCAAUGAGGCAUUGGGAGAAGCACACCUGCGUCACUUUCCUGGACCGCACAGACGAGGAGAGCUACAUCGUUUUUACCUACAGGCCCUGUGGCUGUUGCUCAUAUGUUGGCCGAAGAGGAGGAGGACCACAGGCUAUCUCCAUUGGUAAGAACUGCGAUAAAUUUGGGAUUGUCGUCCAUGAACUGGGCCAUGUCAUUGGAUUCUGGCACGAACACACGCGGCCUGACCGAGACGAUCAUGUCACCAUUGUGAGGGAGAACAUACAGCCAGGACAAGAGUACAACUUUCUAAAGAUGGAACCAGAAGAAGUGGACUCGCUCGGUGAAACGUACGACUUUGACAGCAUUAUGCACUAUGCCAGGAACACAUUCUCAAGGGGAAUAUUCCUGGACACCAUCCUCCCUCGGUAUGACGAGAAUGGCGUCCGUCCCCCGAUUGGUCAGCGCACUCGACUGAGCAAAGGAGACAUCAGCCAGGCUCGGAAGCUGUACAGGUGUCCAGCUUGUGGAGAUACCCUUCAGGACUCGAUGGGAAACUUUUCUUCUCCUGGUUUUCCGAACGGGUAUUCAUCUUUUACGCACUGUGUGUGGAGAAUAUCGGUCACUCCUGGAGAGAAGAUUAUUCUAAACUUCACUGCCAUGGACACGUUCAGGAGCCGCCUGUGCUGGUAUGAUUAUGUGGAAGUACGGGACGGAUACUGGAGGAAAGCGCCACUGCGGGGCAGGUUCUGUGGCGAUAAGAUUCCACCGUCUCUCAUCUCGACAGACAGCCGCCUGUGGAUUGAGUUUCGAAGCAGCAGUACCUGGGUUGGCAAAGGGUUCUCAGCCGUCUAUGAAGCCAUCUGCGGAGGAGAUAUCAGCAAGGAUCUGGGGCAGAUUCAAUCGCCCAACUACCCUGAUGACUACCGUCCGUCGAAAGUCUGCAUCUGGAGAAUAAGAGUGUCCGACACGUUCCAUGUGGGACUGGCCUUUCAGUCCUUUGAGAUCGAGAGACACGAUAGCUGUGCUUAUGAUUAUCUGGAGGUCCGAGAUGGAAGCACAGAAGACAGCCCUCUGAUUGGGCGUUACUGUGGCUACGAUAAACCUGAUGACAUCAAGUCAAGCUCCAAUAAAUUGUGGAUGAAGUUUGUAUCUGAUGGCUCCAUCAACAAAGCUGGGUUCUCCGCAAACUUCUUCAAAGAGGUGGAUGAGUGCUCACGGCCUGACAAUGGGGGGUGUGAGCAGCGCUGCGUUAACACCCUGGGCAGCUACAAGUGUGCCUGCGAUCCUGGGUAUGAACUCGCCAAUGACAAAAGGAGCUGUGAGGCUGCAUGUGGUGGUUUUCUUACCAAGCUCAACGGCUCAAUAACCAGCCCUGGGUGGCCGAAAGAAUACCCACCCAACAAGAACUGUGUCUGGCAAGUGGUGGCUCCGACUCAGUACCGCAUCUCCCUGCAGUUUGAGUUCUUCGAGAUUGAGGGCAACGAUGUCUGUAAGUACGAUUUUGUGGAAGUGCGUAGCGGCCUCUCAGCCGACUCGAAGCUGCACGGGAAGUUCUGCGGAGCAGAGAAACCCGAAGUCAUCACGUCCCAGUACAACAACAUGAGGAUAGAGUUCAAAUCUGACAACACCGUUUCCAAGAAAGGUUUCAAGGCCCACUUCUUUUCUGACAAAGAUGAGUGUUCAAAGGAAAAUGGCGGUUGUCAGCACGAGUGUGUUAACACCUUUGGGAGUUACUCCUGUCAGUGCCGCAGCGGCUUCGUGCUGCAUGAAAACAAGCAUGACUGCAAAGAAGCCGGGUGUGAGCACAAAAUCAACAGUGUUUCUGGGAUCAUCACCAGUCCUAACUGGCCUGACAAGUACACCAGCCGCAAGGAGUGUACCUGGGAGAUUGUAACCACACCUGGGCAUCGCGUGAAACUGGCAUUCAACGAGCUGGAUAUUGAACAGCACCAAGAAUGUGCGUACGAUCACUUGGAGCUUUUUGAUGGCAAAGACGCCAAGGCCAAGGUCAUUGGGCGGUUCUGUGGGAGUAAGAAACCGGAACCCCAGAUCUCCACCUUGAACAGGAUGUUUAUCAAGUUCUUCUCUGACAACUCUGUGCAGAAGAAAGGCUUUGAGGCUACUCACAGUUCUGAAUGCGGAGGCAAGCUGAAGGCUGAAGUGAAAACCAAAGAUCUGUACUCCCACUCACAGUUUGGAGACAAUAACUACCCCGGGGGAGCUGACUGUCAGUGGGUGGUCCAAGCAGAAGAGGGGUAUGGGGUGGAGCUGAUCUUCCAGACCUUCGAAAUCGAGGAGGAAGUAGACUGCGGCUACGAUUACAUGGAGCUGUUCGAUGGGUCAGACGAUACUGCUCCAAGGCUGGGCAGGUUCUGUGGCUCUGGGCCUCCAGAGGAGAUUUACUCGGCCGGAGACUCGAUCAUGAUUCGGUUUCACACAGACGACACCAUUAACAAGAAGGGAUUUCAUGCGCGCUACACCAGCACCAAGUUCCAGGACACUCUUCACCUGAAGAAAUAAUCCAACUCUGUAGAGCUGGGGAACUGGAAUUUGCAAACUUUUUUGUUAACCGUACUGUAAAUUCUGACAUGAGGAAUAUAGCCAUUUCCAGGUUUCAGCAUUUUACCAAGCUGAACUGACUCAAGUGUAUUAUGAUAUGUGAUGCAGCCUAUGACUGGGGGCCGUUGAGGGUCUCAGGUUUGCAGUGUUCUCAAAAAAAAAGGACUAAGUGUUGUGAGAGAUGGCAUUUCCUUAGGGAACGUGAUCUAAAGCUGUUGUAUGGAUCUCUUUUAGCAGGCAUACGCCACUUUCUUUCAGGCACACAUGAAAUGGGUCCAUUCAGUAGCCUCUGUAAUGACCGCUGGACUUCUGUGAAACCUCUCUCCCUCUCUCGUGGAGUUUGUUACUGUCGAAGUCACAAGCGGUGAUCAUGAGCCGUGAAGUUGCUGGCCGACAGGUACUGAUUUUGGCUGGGCUGUCAGGGGAGCUGUUGAACUGAAAUUGGGCAUGUCUAGGGUCUUCCCUGAGACAGUGCGGCCUAUUCUUGCACAUCGAUUGGCUCCAUGCCUGACCACUGUUGGCCGUGGAUAAGGAGCCACUUUACUGCUCCCUCCACAGGGCAGUGAUGUUCGGCACAGGAGACCUCUCAAUGUAAAAGGGUAAACACACAAACUACCUGCCUAAUAAGAUGCGGUAGCAUGCAAACAGUCCCUCCAGCUUCAAGUUCAAGUCUCCAUAGAUUUAUGCUGGGCCUACUUUAUCCCACUCUUGGUCUGUGGAGGUUGCAAAGCAAAAAAUCUCCGUGGUACAAAUGUUGGAUAACUUGACUUGCAGAUUUAACAGUUCGACUAGAUUUGGUAUCCUGGGGUCACUUUGAAGUUCAUCUCCUGUCUCAUCGAACAACUGAUCAGAAAUGGCUUCUUCUGUUGCGAAACGCAGCCAGAGACUUAUUGGCUGGAAGUUGUGGUUCGACCUGGCUGUGAAAGAACUACAUGACAUUCUGUAGUUUGUGACUGCUAACUUUUGAAGCUCAUUCUCUGAAGCCCAAUAAAAGGACAUACUGCA